UUUUACCACGUGGUUCAACAUUUGAUUGAAUCUGAAGGCAUCUGACAUCUUUUUCCUCCCCAAAACGUUGCGUCAAAAUGUAUAAAUCGGUUGUCGCCCGAUCCAGGAAUCGAAGCAGCACUAAUCUAUGAUUAAACGAUUGUGUAAUGAGAAUAAUUUGUUUUGCGUUCAAGAAUGGAGGGGAAGCGGCAGGAAAUGACUGCGCUCCACUUGCGCCAACUUGGUGGCGAACUUCCAGCCAGCGUCGCUUUUCCGGUGGCGUGUGGCAACUGCGGCGGAUGUUGACAUUUUCUUCGGGAGUUUGCCGCUGCCCUGCCGCAGCCGCCGCGAGAUGUGAACCGUCGUUCGGCCUUGUGGAUUCGCCUUCGUCUUCGCCCGGUUCCCACCCGGAGGCUGAGAGCCGCUUCCCGGCGAGCCCGGCGGCGGCGACGGCGGCGUCGCGUGCGAUGAUGGAGGACUUCGACGAGAUCUACGAGGAAGAGGAGGAGGAAGAGGAGGACGAGGACAGGGCCGCGGAGGAGCAGCUCCUCAAGUACGCCCCGGACCCGGUGGUGGUGCGAGGCUCCGGCCACGUCACGGUGUUUGGACUGAGCAACAAAUUUGAAUCAGAAUUUCCUUCGGCGCUUACGGGCAAGGUGGCCCCCGAGGAAUUCAGAGCCAGCAUCGGCCGCGUGAACGGCUGCCUGAAGAAGACGCUGCCGGUCAACGUCCGCUGGCUGCUGUGCGGCUGCCUGUGCUGCUGUUGCACGCUCGGCUUCAGUUUGUGGCCCGUCAUUUGCCUCAGCAAGCGGACAAGAAGAUCGAUAGAAAAACUUCUGGAGUGGGAGAACAGCAGACUCUACCACAAGCUGUGUUUGCACUGGCGACUCAACAAGAGAAAGUGUGACUCCAACAACAUGAUGGAAUAUGUAAUCCUAAUAGAAUUCCUGCCGAAGAUCCCCAUCUUCAGACCCGACUAGCCGAUCGCAUCUUCACACGUGUCGCCGUUGGAGAAUUUUUGUUUACAGGGCAACGUCGGACCUUUUUUUUUUCCCCUUCUUUUCGGACGACUUCUCCUCCUUUUGGUUUACGAGCCCAGAAUUCUAAAACGAGUGGAGUCGGGCGAGGCGGCGGGCGAGCUCCCGUCCGGUGAGGAUCGGACGAGCGGCGGCGUGGAUUUUAAAGACUCGCGCUGAAAAACGGACAGAGCGGAGCGUGAAGACGGCGACAGGAGCGCCGUCAGACGCCGAAAUCCGGGCCGGUCGGCGUUUCGGAAAACGGGCGCGAAGCUCCGAAGGCGCCACUCGUAGCAGCAGACGUCGCCGCGUCGCCUGAAGCUGGAGACGAUCGCACGCUUGCGAUUGCGCCUUGUUACCGUGGCAACAACCAUGGGAGGCCACUAGUGAUGAAGACAUGACACCUUUUUUUGCCCCCCCAAUCAUUUUGAUGACAGGAACAGCGUGAACAAACUGUGUGACGUCACAUGACAGACUUGGCAGCCUUUUCGCUCCGUUCAAAUUCUUCUUUUGCCAAACGCGUCUCGUUCCUUUUUCGGUUCUUUUCCUUCAUUCGUGUGCGUGAAACUUGCAAAAGCGUUCGGACCUUCAAAGUCGGACAGUUGUUGAAUUUUUGUAGUAGUCUAAAACCCAAAAGGAUUUAAAACAUUUAAUUGUCACAUAACUAAAAACGGCUGUCACUGUUUUGACCAAAAGAGAGGUUUUUGCACGGAAAUACCGCCACCUAGGGGCGGUGGUUAUAUCUUUCCGGAAUGAACAAGCAGCGCGUGUCUGGACGGAAAGCCGUUUGAGCGGCGACUCGAUAACUUUGACGUCUGCGUUACGAAUUCAGAGAGGACAACUCGUGCGCGGACCUUCCUGGUUAUCAAAGAUGGGGAAUAAUAACUCCAACAGUUUUCCAAUAAAAGGCAAAAAAUUUGAAGUGGAAGAAAGAUUAACUGGCAGAAACAAACAAAAUUGCACUACCAAGUUCUCCAAGCUUGGAAGUUUGCAGCUUCCACUGCUUUUAGUUUGUAGUCGUGUGUGUGUGUGUGUGUGACCAGUAGAAGAAGACAAUUGGACGUGAACGGGAUCCGUCAGAGCGCCUCGUUCUUGUUCCUUCUCGAGCGCGAGGAAGUGGGGGGGGGGGGGGUGUUGAAACUAAGCUCCGAGUGUGGCCCCGAUGAGGAAACCGGAACGUUUCCCGCAGCCGCCAAGCUCAACUUGUUUUCAUUUGGAGUUUACGGCGCAAUCAGCGUAGAUCCCCAAAGCUGUCGUCGGCUUCUUGUCUUUUCUGACCUUUGCGAAUGUCCCACGUCAAAGGUCAUCGCUGUUACUAUCCAAAUGCUUAUUAAUACUUAAUGAUUCAACAAAUUCUGUGAGGAGCCACCGCUAAUGAAUCAAAAUUUGCUUCUUUUUUUUUGUGUGACAAGGUUUGAUGGGCAUUUUUCUGCCUUGUCUUGACAAGGCAGAAAAAUAACUUCUUUUUUUUUUUUCCCCCCCAGAUUGUUCCACACUCCAAACUUAUUCCGAGCUGGCCGCCGGUGUUGCCGCCGAGUACCGGUAACCAAUUCCCAGCGUCAGAUUUUUUUUUUUUUUUUUUACGCAGUCAAGGGUGGCUCAAGAGCGUCUCUGUUGGCCGCAGUCGGUCAGUGUCGUUCGUGAUGCGAUUUGUGACGCGAUUCGAGACUCGAUUCGUGAUGUGAUUCGAGAUGCGAUGAGAGACCUGAUUCGAGACUCGAUUCGUGACGCGAUUCAUUCCACACGUCGGGCGGACUUGCCAAACGACGCCCGUCCCCCCGUAGACGUAAACAGCGUGUGGAUGUGGGUCACACUCAGGGGAUUAUCGUCGACAAAAAUGUAGCACAGACAGGGUAUUUUCUAUAGUCGUCCCGCUAUACUUGAAUCUUUCGUUUUAUACAGUAUUAAGCCCCGCCUUCCCCUUUCCGACGAUUCCAAUUUAAUGAAGGAAGUAAAAGUCACGCAACCGCGUCGCGUCAUUUGAUAUGUACCGCACGGUCACGAUUCGCAGCCAGGUCGUCGUGUUUAGCUGGAAAUGUUGCAAGAAAGUGGCACAAAUACCGUGAGUCGUUAGAAUCGGUCGAGUGCUGACAUUGCGGUGGAAAUGCAAAAUUGUCGCGUCAUUCUAAAGGAUUCUGCUGUGUUCUGACAUCCCUCGUUACGACUGACACCGGUCGACGCAUAUCGUUGCAUGUUUAAAAAAAAGAAAAACAAAAAUAGCAUUUUUGUUAGCGAGUUUAGCAGGACGGACGCACAGUUUCGCUUUAGCGGGCCUCCUGAGAGGAUGCGGCAGGCCGCAUCUGGCCCCCCGGAUCUCCAGUUUGACACAUCUAGCAUUCUAAUCAUUAUACGUACUUUAAAAUUCAAAUAAUGCAUAUGGUGAAUGUACAAUAUGAAUCAUAUAAAUGUAAAAAAAAAAAAAGAAAUAUGAUUUCCCAUCUUGGGCUUCCAACACCAAACGUGACCCGAUGACGAAUCAUUUGAAGUGUUUGUGGUUAGCAGGCGUAUGGAAGUAAAUACGCGCCGCCAGGAUUUGAAUUUGAAAUGUGAAGUGAUUACGUUUUCAAUAGUUGUAUUUCAGUGUAACUUUUCAAUGUUAAUAAUUCAACCGGCUACAAUUCGCUGCCUGAAAUUCAACUGGCUACAAUUUGGUGUCUAAUAUCGACCGUCCGUGCCACCUGGCAGGGUUACUUCAGGUCAGGACCGUUCGGUUCCCUGCCUCGUGGCACAGACGGCGAAUCGUUGCAACUAUUGAAAACGCGAUCACGUUACCUUUCAAAUUCAAAUCCCGGCGGCACACAUUUACUGUACUGCGACAGCGACGAGGCUCGAGGACGUCAGUUAUUUGGAG